CCAAGUCCAGGAAGUGCAGAGAGUCCCAGUUCAGCGGUCUGCCUUUCCCUGGUCUUCAAGCCUUCGGUCUUUCAUUUAGACAAGAUGAGUGAUAAGCCAGACUUGUCUGAAGUGGAGAAGUUUGACAGUUCAAAACUGAAGAAAACCAAUACUGAAGAAAAAAAUACUCUCCCCUCAAAGGAAACUAUCCAGCAGGAGAAAGAGUGUGUUCAAACAUCAUAAAAUGGGGAUCUCCUCCCAAGAACAAAUUUCAACACUGCCUGAAUGUCUUGGUUUUAGACUUGUUUUUUGUAAACCUAUGUGCUUGUAGAGAUUUUAGCCAUCUUCUGACGUGUUCUCAUCCAUAAUCCCUGGCUGAGAGGUCAGGGGUAGCCAAUGUUUCCUUACUUUCAUUUUUACGCUUUCUAUUGGUGCAUAAAUUCCAGCUGUCUGAUGCUGUCAAUAAUCUCACCAUUGAUGAUCUUUGUGCAUGUAGUUCUUGCAUCCCUAAAGGAUAAGCAACUUUAAACUUUCUACACUGGAUGUCUCCAUUGUUUCAUAAUCUUCAUGAAGUGGCAUGCAUUUACAGCUUCUCACAGUUUAUUUCACUUCUAAUGUAGCGAGAAAAUAAUAAAUAUAAUCAUUAUGUUGAGA